AGUGGGAUUUGCCGUGAUAUGCUACAGUGCCGCAGGUAAACAUGCACAAUGAAGGCCGCUGUGAACACGGUAAUCUUGGAGCUGUCAACAAGUUCCGGGUAAUAUACGUGUGAUGACAUCAGUCCGUCGGCCUGAAGUAAACAGCGCUGUUCAGACAGUCGUGGCUAGCGGCUAAACAGGAUCUUGUAUUCACCAACUUAAAGAAAUGGCCAAGGAAACGGAGGACACUGGGGAUUUAUGACAACGUCAAGUAUAUCUAUUACCACACUCCAUCUUAGAUCUGGAUCUUGCUCCUCAGCCAUGCCGUUACGAACAUUGCAGCGGCAGCAGCUGAUGCGGGAACAAGCCCAGGAGCAGGAGAGGCGUGAGGCCCAGCAGCAGGCCUCUGCCUCUCAGCUCCGGGGCUCUGAUUCCACUCCAGCCAUCUCUGUCACACUGCCCCCAAAUGCUGCCCGCCCACCUCCAGCACAGGUGCCUGUGGAGGUGCUGAAAGUGCAGACCCACUUGGAGAACCCUACCAAGUACCACAUCCAGCAGGCACAGAGGCAACAGGUGAAGCAGUACCUCUCCACCACUUUGGGCAACAAGGCGGUUAGUCAGACUAUGGGUGUGUCCCCGGUGCCACAGUCCAGUUCUGCCCCUGAAGUCGCCCCCUCUGCCAGCAGUGCCCCUAACAGUCCUAUGGCUAUGCUUAACAUCGGCUCCAACAAGGAGGAGAUUGACGACGUGAUCGACGACAUCAUCAGUCUUGAAUCAAGUUUUAAUGACGACAUCAUUACAUUGAUUGACUCAGGUCUUCAGUUGCCUAGCACGCUCCCAGGAACUCUGUUGGAUGUAUACCAUAGCCCUGGAAUGACAGCACCUACUCUCACUGUCAGCAACUCCUGCCCUGCUGAUCUUCCAAAAAUUAAAAGGGAAAUUACUGAUGCAGAUACCAAAGCACUAUUGAAAGAAAGGCAGAAGAAAGACAACCAUAACCUCAUUGAGAGGAGGAGGAGAUUCAACAUCAAUGACCGUAUAAAGGAGCUGGGUACUCUGAUACCCAAGUCAAGUGACCCGGAGAUGCGGUGGAAUAAAGGCACCAUUCUGAAAGCUUCUGUAGACUACAUCAGGAAGUUACAGAAGGAGCAGCAUAGAACAAAGGACAUCGAGAUGCGGCAGAAAAAGCUGGAGCAGGCAAACCACAGUCUAAUGUUACGCAUCCAGGAAUUGGAAAUGCAGGCACGGGUCCAUGGCCUCUCCACCAGCAUCACAUCUGGUCUGAGCUCUGAUCCCUCCCUGCUUCAGCAGCAGCCGGUCCUUCCCAGUGUAGGAGGAGCCCCCACCCACAACUUGCACAGUGUUGGAGCCAUUGGACAGCCUCUACCAGCCUCCUUCCUGUCCCCACCCUCCUCAGACUCUCCUGCGGGAGUCACCAUCAGCAGCCCCCUAGACCUGGGCACCCUAAGCUUCGUCGAAUUAGAUGACACCUCGGCCUCAGCACUCUACCCUGACGUGGGCUUGGGAGACAUUCUUAUGGACGAGGGGUGCACCCUGUCUCCAGAGAGGGUGGCCGAGCCACUCUUUUCUCCUUUGUCACCAGGUGCCUCUAAAACUAGCAGUCGUAGGAGCAGCCUUGAAAUGGACGAGGACUUGUGAUGAGCUCUGUGUGGUGAUCAGAGACUGUCUUUAUGGACGAGAAUGUCAGUAAAGGCAGUCUUUCCUUAAAUAACACAAGUCCAUAGAACUGUACAGUUGAACUUAGAACAGCAAAACUAGCUACCAUUCAGAUGGAAACUAACAUAAAUGUUGCAUCGGGAGACAGUAAGUUCCUGAUUUGGUUUACCAUCCAUAAUUAUUGUUUCUGUUGGAGCUGGUCAGAUGAAUAUGUAUGGGUUUAUAAAUGCAAUCUUAUUAAUAAUGGAAUAAUGUAAAAUAGGGGCAUGAAUUUAGCAUUAAGAAAUAAGUUUUUGAAAGGUUUUAAGCUUUUCUUUAGUGAUUUAAGAGGGAUAUAUAAGGCUUGCUUGAAUUUAGUAUGUACUCAUUUAUAGUGAAGAAAGCUGUGAGGUUUCUUUUUCACAACAGAAAUGGCAUUACAAACUUAUUAAGAGAUGCCAAAAUACAGUAUACCCCCCUCCCCCCAACUGACUGGAAUCAGGGUCACUUGCUCAUCUAUGUUGAGUUGUUUCACCAGCAACAGAACAUUUCUUUGUAAAGUGAAUUGGCACAUUGUGAAAUAUUUACUGCAUAUUGUAUAUAAGAAUAUUUUAUUUUGAGCAAUUUUAUUGCACCUUAUUUUAUGGCAGUCUAUGCAUUUUUUGAGAGUUUUGUCUGUUUUUAUUACUAUUACACAUGGUGGACAGCUAAUGCCUAGGGUUGCAUGUAUCUGUAAACCUUGAGCAGUGGAAAAUCACUUGCUGCUGUAGCUAGUUAGCCAAAGCAGGACUUCUUCCAGAGUAGAUACAGAUUGCAAAUCAGCAUUUUAUUUUUGGAUAUAUACACUUACUCAUUGGAAAAGCAAGACAUUUAUCCUUUUAUAAUAGUACUGUAGUUCAUUACAUAUUUUUUGAUACCUGAAUAAUAGUUUGGUAAGUAGUUUUUCCUGACUUUAAUACCUAUGUUGUCAGAGAUUGUGAUCACCAGGGUUAUUCAGACAUAGUGCUUUAAUUGGUUAGCAUCUUCUACCAAGAUUGUGGCUUUUUUAUGAUGAAAAAAGAUGUAUCUAAUAAUGCAUUAUUGUAGUAUGAAAUUUGAAGGCUUCGACCUUUUCAGGCAACCACUAGUUUCACCUCUGUAAUGGUAAGGUAUAGCUGUUUGUUGUGUGAUAGUUGCAAUUAUUAUUCUACAGCAUAGCCACAAACUUCAGAAAGGCAUUUAAUUUGUCAGAUGCUUAACUCCACUUUAUGUACAGUUAAUGAAUGUGUUUCAUAAAGCACUUGCAUAUGUGUUGUUUUUAACACUGAUGUACUGUAUCUUUUUUUCAGCACAACCUCCAAGUUAUUGAUACAUUUAAAUUUUGAACUAUUCAUUGAGCUGUGGGAAUAUUGGAACAAGAGCAUCUCUACUUUGCAUUCUAGUAUUGAGUGACACUGAUUGGUGGUUACAGUGAUUUUUAAGGUGUCCUCUUCUGGUCAUUCUUGGCCUUUAACUGACUUUGUUUUUGAGCUAAAAGCAUCUCCACUCAAUAACUCAGUGCUGAUAAUUGUAUUGUUCCCAGUCCCCUAAGAUUAAAUAACCUAUGAUCAGCUUUUUCUUCUGUUACUUAGUCACACCCCACAAUAUUUAUAUAAUAACCCAUGUCUUACCUUGACAUAUAUAUUUCUGUACUAACAUUGACUGUUAAUCAUACAUGUAAUAUUUGUGCCCUGUCCUUACAAGCUGGCUUUCAGAAGGUUUUAAUAAAUAAAUGAU